UAAAACCUGUAAAAAUAUAUAUUUAUAAUAUUACAUUAAUUGUAUAAGAUUAAUAAAAAGUGCAUGAUAAAAGUAUAUUUACUUUUGCAACCUAGACAUGAGUUAUUCUCAAGAAGAAGUAGAGAGAAAGCGUUUAUUAGCACUACAACGUAAAAAGGAAGCACAGGCGAAAAAGAAUUUAUCUAGCUUUGGAAAUAUAGGUGCCAAUUUGUCAUCUACUAGCAAUGUUUCUUGCAGUAGUAGUAAGGUUUUUUCUAGCACUAGCAGUAUGAAAAUAAAUGAAAAUAGGCCACCCGAAGUCAAUAAAUCAUUUAAUCAGAAUUCAUCAAAGUAUGCUAUUUUCGAAACAAAGUUUCGAAAUAAUUCUGACAAGAAGAAUAAACAAUUUAAACAACAGAUUGAUCGUAUUAAUCCUAUGUCACCACAGCAAUUUUUUCAACCAAAGAGUCGUAUUAAAGGAAAUUGUUACAUGAUAAGUGAUGAAAGAUUUAAAUUGGAAACUUCAGCUUACUUUCAACCACUUAUUGAUGCAUUGAAAACAAUUCCAAGUAGAAUAUAUGAUAUGAAAACCAAAACUUGGAAUUUUAUUUUGAAAGAUUAUGAAGAAGUAAUGCAGAAAGUUAUUAAUUUUCAAUCAGAUGUGCAAAUUGAUGGAAUACCAAAAAAAGUUCUAGAGAUAUUCAGGCAAAAAAGUAGUUCAGAUGGAAUUGUAGACACUGAUCUGUCGGACAUUGAUCCUCAAUUAGUAAUGAACCUCAUGCCCUUUCAACGAGAAGGAAUAUGUUACGGAAUAUCAAAAGGAGGUCGUUGCAUGAUUGCUGAUGAUAUGGGUUUAGGAAAAACUAUUCAAGCUUUGGGUAUAGCACAUUAUUUCAGGAAAAAUUGGCCUCUACUCAUUGUUAUACCAGCUUCAGUCAGGUAUCAGUGGUCAGAUACAAUAUAUAAAUUUUUACCAUCAGUGCCUGCCCAGAGCGUUUCCCAUUUCCUAAAUACAAACGAUUAUAUUGAUGACAGCGAUAUCGUUAUCACAACUUAUGAUCUCUUCAUACGAGCUGCUGAUACUUUUAAGCGCAAAGCUUUUGGUUUUGUUAUCUUGGAUGAAGCACAUGUUUUGAAGAAUGUUAAGACUGAAAGAUACAAGGUCGCACUGAGAGUAGCAUCGAAAGCCUGUCAUGUUGUUUUACUUUCUGGAACACCGGCUUUAUCAAGACCCAUAGAAUUAUAUUCUCAGAUAAAUCUUAUAAUACCAAAAUUUCUAGGAUAUCAGGAGUAUGGAAUUCGAUAUUGUGCAGGAGUACAAGGUAAAUAUGGAUGGGAUUUUUCAGGUUCGUCAAACAUGCAAGAAUUGCAUUUGUUAUUAAAGCGAACGUGUGUAAUUCGAAGACUAAAAAGCGAAGUUUUAUAUCAAUUACCUAAAAAAAAGAGAGAAGUUAUCAUACUGGACUCAGCUUUAGUAUCAGCUAGUACUAAAGAAAUGCAGGAAAUGUCAAAGAAGAUGGAAAACACGACUUUAAAGGGUGUUGCAAGACAUUCCACUCUUGUGCAGUAUUAUAAUGAAACCUCCACCGCUAAACUUAAGGCUGUAUGCGAACACAUUUCUAAGCUGUUCACGAAAAAACAAAAAUGUAUUAUAUUUGCCCAUCAUCGCCAUGUUUUGGAUGCCAUCUGCGAUCUUGCGGAAUCCAUGAAUACAAAAUAUAUUAGAAUCGAUGGGAGAACAAAUCCGGAAGGAAGGAAACAUCAAGUUGAUAAAUUUCAAGUUAACGAGUCUUGCAUAGCAGCGGUACUAUCAAUUACAGCUGCAAACACGGGAAUCACAUUAACGGCCGCACAACUAGUAGUCUUUGCAGAACUGUACUGGAAUCCUGGAGCAUUGUGUCAAGCAGAGGACAGAGCAUAUAGAAUCGGUCAAUCUGAUGAUGUUGUUAUUCAAUAUUUGAUCGCACACCGUACGGCAGAUGAUUAUUUGUGGGGCUUAAUUCAACACAAAAUGAAUGUAUUAAACAAAGUCGGAUUAGAUCAAGAGUUCUCUUUGCAUGAUGUUGGUGUCUCGAACCAAACACUUUCGCAACAGAAAACAUUAGAUUCUUAUGCCAAUCUCGGAAAACGUAAACGUGAGAAUAAUGAGGAUGAUAUAAAAGAAAUUGAUGAGGAUGAAAUAAAAGAAAUUGAUGAAAGUGUACUAGAAAGUAUUACAGAAGAAUAUCAGCCUUCAGAAAAACAAUUCAAGGAGUCACUUGAUCUCGAUGAUGAAACGUUUGACUUGUGUGAUUGGGAUGACAUGGAAUGAUAUAUUCAUCGUUAGUGAAGAGUUUACUAGUACAAGUGAA